AUGUCUCUUGAAUUGGGUUGUGAAAACGAAAUAAAUGAGAUUUUGCAAAGCUGGAUAAGAAAAAAAGAAAGAGAAAUUCGUGAUAAGCAGCAGGGAUGUACAAUUGGGUUUAAAGAGAAUCUUCCAAAUAUUAGCAGCCCUCAUCAGGCGCGUACAAAAGGUGCUCCAAAGAAGCGUGUAAAGAACGCAUUGGAAAACACUACUAUUAAAUACAAUAAUAAUAAGAAUAGACAAGAUAUGAUGAAAUUGAAUGUUAAAGCGCCAAACAAGCAAUCUAGAAGCGAAUUACAACCUGAAAUUCCUAUUCGUCAAACUAAAUACAUAUGUAGUUAUUGUAAAGGUAACGGACAUAAUGCCCGUAGUUGUGAACUUAAAAAGAAAGGUGUUAGAGCAAGAACUAAAUAA